AGUACUAUUCAGACACGACAGAUUCAUUUGUCGUCCCCCAACUCUCACACUUGUCGUCUUUCCGGCUAGAACAAUUCAUACCCACCACUUUUUGUCCUUUCAGUACAACUGAGAAGAUUUCCUGACUUUGAUUGUAUCCAUCCUGAUUCACAUCACGCAAUUAUGGACCUUAAGCGGCCACCAACUCAAUGUCUAAAGCCACACAUGACAUCAUCGCAGGCUUGUUUGACACGACCGACGAGGAGAGCGGAAAUGAGCAGGAGAGUAGUCCUCCAGCACAUGGAAAAAGCAAUAGCAGUGUCGGUGUUCCUAACUUGCAGCCAGGAAGAGGGACGCCAGGUACAGGUGCUGUUGAGGGACGGGGAGCUGACGACGUCGAGGGACGGGGAAACACAUCAAAAGAGCAAGCCUUCGCACCGAGAACGAGUGGUGCGACAGAUGGACAGCACCGAACGACUUCAGGAACAGCGCCAACAAAUACCGCGGGCGCGGCGAGCGGUGAAAACGGAGCUGCGAGGCCCCCGCAAGAUUUCGCAACACAGCUUGCUUCGCGUGGCACUUCUAGCGAAACGGGCCACUACAGCAAAAAUGGGGCACUGGCGCUGGCACGGUCAACAGAAAUCAUGUCUGUGGGCACGACCGAUAGUGUCCAUGACCUUCCCCCCCAACAGGUUCCAGCAAAUGCGGUCAGAAAUAAGACAGCGACAAAUGAUCCAGGCUUGCGCCAGCAUCUUUCCAACGAAGGAAGCUUCUCCUCAAACCUGUUGCAGCAAGGGCAGCCGCGAAGGCCCAGAGUUGUCACGGCAAAAAAUAAAUCCACAGCAUUGUCUGACCCAGUUCGAGAGGAACAGAAAUCGUCCCGUUUUGCAGCGAAAACCACGGACACCGCACUUAGACUGGAGCCUGCCGGAGACGCUGUGAACCGUCGCCAGCUACCGUUCAAGUUGAACAAACGUAAAUAUCAAGCCGGAAACUCCAUCACGCUCAUACCUGCAGACUUUUUCCGACCACCGCCCGACAUUAACCGCACUUUGCAGCCGAAUCAUCCAACAACGACGAUCACGGACCCCCUUGGACUAUCGAAUUCAAGAGCAGCGACAGCUGUUCCUUCAGUACCAGUACCCGAGCCAACGGAUGGCACAAGGGAACUCGCCCAUGGCACGAAUGCUGAAGAAAGUGCGCACCACGCAGCUGCGUCGGCGUCCUCUGCCGGGCUGCUCGAUGUUGCGCCGGCCGCAACUGGCAACUCGGAACGAAUGGAAACUCCUGGAAUUACACCAGUUGAAUCGUUUGCCGCAAGUGCGACCCUGCACGAUGAGCUUCAAAAGUCGAUUUGGUCGACCCGAUACCCUUUGUUGCCUGCAAUACCAGCCGCGUCGUCUUCCUCGUCUAAAACAGCUGCGACAACCACAACAGCGCAACAAAACGCAAUCAUCGUGCGACACGCACCGUCACAGUCGUUGUACGUCGUGCCGCCGCACAUCGGCAGCUUUCUGAAACCGUACCAGCGCACCGGCGUCCGGUGGCUGCUGACGAACCUGGUCGGCACCGAACCGCCGAUCGGAAGCCUGCUGGGUGAUGACAUGGGGCUCGGGAAAACUGUCCAGGUGGCGACGCUUUUGGGUGCCAUGUACCACACGCGCAACGACCGCAGGUUUCGCGCCACCCUGAUUGUCGCCCCGCCCAGUUUGCUCGAUAACUGGAAACAGGAGUUGGAACGCUGGACGCAGCUCGAGGUGGAAAAACUGGAGCCCCGGAGCUGCGACCGCGUGCUGCAGCGCGUCAACGCGGGACUGUGUCAGGUGGUGCUGGUGUCGUUCGGGAUGUUCAGUCAAGACCUGGAGCGCAACCUGGACCUCUACAAGCUCGUGCAGGAGCUCUGGGGCUUGGUGGUUAUCGACGAGGUGCACACGUGCAAGAACCCCAACACCACGGCCAGCCUAAAUAUCAGCAAGUUGAAGUCCCGUCGCAAACUCGGACUCACGGGCACGCUGGUCGCGAACAAUGUCACCGAAGUGUGGGCGUUGUUGCGCUGUGUUGGCGCGCACAAGCUGCCUGGAGUCGGGACGAAGGAACAAUUUGACGCGAAGUACUCCCAGCCGAUCCAGGAGGGGCUGCGGAAAUCCACCGACGUGUUCCGGCUAGCUGCGCGGGACCGAGCUGCCAAGGAAUUCCAGGACGUGAUCUUGAAGCGGCACAUUCUGCGGCGCACAAAGGCAGAGGCCAACCUGAACCUUCCGGGCAAGCGCGACCGCAUCCUAGCGUGUCCGCUGAGCGACUUGCAGAAGCAGUGUUACCAAAAUCUGCUCCGGUCCAGCGACGUCCUCUCCAUCCUUGCUGGUGGGAAAAGCGUCACAGUGUCAGAAGUUCUCGCACGACAAGGACAGCAGCAAAAAACCGACGAAAUAAUCGCGGAAGAGGCACCAAAUGCUGAUCUGCAGACGACUUUCAAAAAGUGUGCGUGCAACCUGGGGCCAAAGAGGUGCGAUUGCAACAUGGGUGUGAUUUGGCGGAACAUGCACGAUAAGUGCAAAGCCGAAGACCGGCCUUGCAAGAGCUGGCUACACCCCUACAAGUGCCACUGGCUUGCCGUGAUGUCGUGGCUGCAGAAGAUCAGUAACCAUUUGGACUUGCUACAGACCAAGCUGUACGACAUCGGUCACGAAGACGAAAUAAAUGCGGCCUCCCACGGGGGUGCCUGCUCUUUUUCACGGUCUACUUCAAAUGUCCUUGCAGCUGCGCCUCACGGAAUUGCGAAUCGAACCUCAACACUGUCCAAAGCAGACCAACAGGCCCGCGCAUUUGAGCUGAAGCUCUGCAGUGUGGUUUUCGCUGGUACCGAGUUGGAGCCGACAAUUCAGGAUCUGGUAAAAAAACACGAAAAAAAGGAAGCGAGAAGAGAGGGACGACGGAGCAGUACUACAACUGGCGUUAUUUCGGUCCUAGACCAACAUCAUCAAGAAGGUGCUUCUCGUCGCGCUUUGAACUUGAUUUCCAGUGCAGCAGACCGAGACCGUGCUGCUGCAGACUCCCAAGAACUGGAGAAGCGGAUUAGUCUACACCAAUCCAGUGCCGGCAGUCUGCUGCGGAAUGCGUCGGUGAAAAACUGUGGGAAGCUGCAGAUGCUGCUGAAACUUCUGCGACUGUGGCAGGUGAACGUGACGGAGGAGAACAAAGUGCUUGUUUUCUCCCGGUCCACCAAGCUGUUGGACAUCAUCGAGACCACGGUGAAGGCGCACGGGUUUCGCAACCUCCGCCUCGAUGGUUCCACGCCGGCGAAACUGCGGCAGGGGUUGUGCCAGGAGUUCAACACGAACCCGCAGCUGUUCCUUUUUCUGAUCUCGACGCGCGCGGGCGGUGUGGGGUUGAACCUCACCGCGGCGAACAAGGUGGUGAUUUUCGAUCCCGACUGGAAUCCCUGCAUGGACCUGCAGUGUCAGGACCGCUAUCGAAUGCAAAUAUGUCUGGGUCUGGAACAAAGCAACUUGUCAUGCUAAAUCUAAAUCAUGUCAAAAUCUGUGUUGCAUGAUUAGCAAAAGCUGUCCACUUUUGACCUAAUCGAGAGGCAGACUGUCAUGCAGGAUGGACAUGAUACAACUCUCACAGUAUCUGUCAUGCUAUGUCCUACAUAACAGACCUCGUGGAUCAUGGAAAACCUGCAUGACAAGGCUGGCACUCUUCCAGACCCGGACAUAUUUGCAAUGCAUAACCGCGCCUUCCGCAUCGGCCAGAGCCGGCACGUGGACGUGUACCGCUUGCUGGCUGCGGGAACCGUCGAGGAACAGAUGUACUACCGCCAGGUGCACAAGCAGCAAAUUUCACGCCUCUGCGUGGACAACGUGAAGACGACCCGGCGCCUGGAUUCCGACCACCUGGACCGGCUCGACCGCUUCUUUCGGUUCGACGACGAAGCAAUCGGGAAAACCUUCGACGCGAUCCCUCGAGGACAGCGGCAGCAAAUCAACGCCGGUGGUUCCGGUUCCUCCCACGGCGGACUACAACAACAGACAGUUAACCAGGAUCAUGACCUUCGCAUCUUGGACGACGAGCGCGAUAUGGAUUCGCUACAACAAGGCGAUGAGCUGGAGGAGGCCUUGAUUUCGUCCAGCAACGCCGACGCCGCUGCUUUUGCUCCUGCUCUUGAUGGUCAGCAACAGAAAAAAAACUCCGCCUCUCGACCACCUGCACUUGGUGGUGGAGGUCUCGCAAACGCAAACGGAAACCUUCCUCCAGGGAACGCAACAAAGCCCAACUCGUCCUCAUCUGCCUCGUCAGCGAGCGGCAACGAGGGGCAAAAUAUCAAAAACCAGCUGUCUGCGAGUGAGGACGAGGAAAAGAACAUUCUGCAGGAGUGUGGUCAAUUUCUCCACGACAACGCCAUGCGCCGAGACAGUCAAGAGGAGGUUCUUGCGCUACUCGCUGAGGACGCGGACAUUCGGGAACGAGCAUUGAGAGAAAAUGACGCUUUUGACCACGUGGUCCCAAAAAAUGAAAACGACGCCAAAAGACGAAAAUUGACGUGA